AUGCUUCCACCCAUCCCCAGACCAGAAGACUAUGGAGUUUCAUCAGAGAGGGGGUUUCUCCCCUCUGAACUUCCACUGCAAUGCCUUCCUCAUCAACUGUAUGACCGCUGGGAGCGGAUCAUGAACAAUUUUCAGUCAUUACUUCUUUCCAAGCGACUACGAACAGUGAUUGAUAAAUUGCCAAUUAUACCAGCAGUCCAUCUGGAGACUGAAGCAGAGUGGCGACGCGCAUACUGCAUUCUCACCUUCUUCACCAAUGGCUAUAUAUGGGGUGGAGACAAGCCGGCCGAGAGGUUGCCACCGUCAGUCACAUACCCUUUGUUACAGAUAUGUGAACAUCUCGAAAUACCUCCGGUCCCUACGUACGCAGGCUUGUGUCUAUGGAACUUCAAACCCAUCUUCCUUUCCGACUCCCUCGUCCUUGACAAUCUCUCCGCCCUACAUACUUUCACUGGUUCGCUUGACGAGCAAUGGUUCUAUCUUGUCAGCGUGGCCAUGGAGGCAAAAGGAGGACCUUCUAUAUCAUUGAUGCUUGACGCCAUGCGGGCUGCACGCAUGGAUGACGUCGAAACCGUCACCAAGUCGCUACAGUCAUUUGCUCAGACCUUGGAUGAGCUGGGCACCAUGCUGUUGAGGAUGUAUGAGAGUUGCGACCCACAUGUUUUCUAUCACCGCAUACGACCAUUCUUGGCAGGAAGCAAGAACAUGAAAGAUGCCGGGCUUCCCAAGGGCGUCUUCUAUGACGACGGGAGUAGGAAUGCCAGUUGGAGACAAUAUGGAGGAGGAUCAAAUGCUCAAAGCAGCAUGAUUCAGUUUUUUGACAUUGUCCUAGGUGUUGAGCAUCGCCCGACAGGCUCUAAGAAAGAUGACACCACCUCCGAGUCCGAGAUGGAAGUUGGUGGUGCACCCAAACCAAGACACAGUUUCAUACACGACAUGCGACAGUAUAUGCCUGGUCCCCAUCGGAGAUUUCUCCAGGCCGUGGAGGGCGUCUCGAACAUUCGAGAGUUUGUUGAGUACAACAAAUCUAACCGGUCUCUGACUGUGGCAUACGACGCAUGUUUGGCGAUGCUACGGUCACUCCGGGAUAAACAUAUCCAGAUGGUGUCUCGAUAUAUCAUUGUCAAAAGCAGGGAAUCCCGCAGUAUGAGCAGGAAUCGGCAUGAGAGCAGUCCCGAUGCGGCUCCUCGUCGGGGACAAGGCAUUGCUUCGAUUUCUUAUGAUAGACCGCAGGAAGGGUCGCAGAGAAAGAAGAAGAUGCGAGGUACAGGAGGUACAGCACUUAUCCCAUUCUUGAAACAAGCUAGGGAUGAGACUGGUGAGCCUGCCAUUGAUGAGUGGGCGAGAAAGCUACUUAUGGGAGGGCGUCGCACUGAGGCCGACCACGAGAUUGCCGUGGAAAGCAGGAUCACAGCUGCAGAGCUGGAUGCAGAGGAACCUCAGGUUGUUGGUCUAGCUGGCUCGUGGAAUAUGGAAGACAACGGUGGGGGGCUCUGUUCAUACUGA